CAACGUCCGCGACCACUGUUUCAUCUCAGUUCAUUCACAAUCAGCCUUCACCUUCAUCUCAGUCCUCACCUACUUCAGAGUUUCAUACCGCUAACACACAGAGAUCAUGGCGGCUGCAGCUAAGGCGUCUUGGAUGGUGGCGAUGAGCGUCGGCGCCGUGGAGGCGCUCAAGGACCAGGUUGGGCUCUGCCGAUGGAACUACGCCCUCAGGUCCAUCCACCGGGCAGCCAAGGCCAGGGCCAACGUCCGCGGCGGCGUAUCGCAGGGCGCUAAGCAGCUUCCAGCCUCUGCUGUGGCGGUGGCGGAGAGGCGGCGUGAGGAGAAGGCCGAGGAGGGGCUGAGGACGGUGAUGUACCUCAGCUGCUGGGGUCUCAAUUAGAAGCUGCCUACUUGGUAUUUCCUCCGUUUGGAAUUACCUGUCUCGGAAAUGGACGUAUUUAGAACUAAAAUACAUCUAGAUAUAUCUAUUUUCGCGACAAUUAAUUCCGAACGGAGGGAGUACUAGCUAGGCGUGUCUGUGGUUAGUACUAUGGCCUGAAACCACGAUGUAGAAACUUGGUACUAGCCGGCUUCGAGUGGAAUCCCCCAUUGUAAAAACCACGAUGAUGAUGAUGAUGAUAAAUUUCUGUUACGUCAGUUCAUAUUA